CCGAGCCGCUGCUGCUGCUAGCCUUGCUGCGCGGAGCUAGCUCGCUGCCAAACUGCUAGUGUGUGUGUGAGUUUUCGGGGACAGCACGAUGAAGAGCAUUAUGAAGCAUGGUACAUGUAUUCCACUGCAGCGUAGUGGCCACUUCACCGGGAGCUAGGGGCGUCUUGUUCCCCCAGUGAAGCGGGACUGUCCCGGGCCCUCGGUAGCAUUGUUUGGAUGAAGUGCGGCUGGAGAGCUAGCACCGCUGGGUGAGACUUCCCGAGCGGGCACGAAUGGGUCUUCCGGAGCUAGCCGCGGCUAACCGGGUGGUGAUAGCUGUCUGACACAGUUAGCUGGCAUCACUCAUCUGAUAAUUACCAGCCUCUGAAAAGAGCAGAUUUGCUGGCACAACCAUGCCUCCCAGGCCAUCCUCAGGAGAACUAUGGGGGAUGCACUUGAUGCCCCCCAGCAUCCUAGUCGACUGCCUGCUGCCAAACGGCAUGAUUCUCACAUUGGAGUGCCUUCGGGAGGCCACACUCGUCACAGUCAAGCAUGAGCUUUUCAAAGAGGCCAGGAAGUACCCUCUGUACCAUCUGCUGCAGGAGGAGAGCUCCUACAUCUUUGUCAGUGUCACCCAGGAGGCAGAGCGGGAGGAGUUUUACGAUGAGACCAGGAGGUUGUGCGAUCUCAGACUCUUCCAGGCCUUCCUCAAAGUUAUUGAGCCAGUGGGCAACAGGGAAGAGAAAAUUCUCAACCGAGAGAUAGGUUUUGCUAUCGGAAUGCCUAUAUGUGAGUUUGAUUUGGUGAAAGAUCCGGAGGUGCAGGACUUCAGAAGGAACAUUUUAAAUGUUUGCAAAGAUGCCGUGGACCUCAGAGACAGUAACGGACCCCACAGUAGAGCUUUAUAUGUGUACCCUCCCAAUGUAGAAUCCUCAGUAGAACUUCCCCGGCACAUCUAUAACAAACUAGAUAAAGGUCAAAUCAUCGUUGUCAUUUGGGUUAUUGUGUCGCCCAGCAAUGACAAACAGAAGUAUACCCUCAAGAUCAACCAUGACUAUGUGCCGGAGCAGGUGAUUGCGGAAGCCAUCCGUAAGAAGACACGCAGCAUGCUGCUCUCCCAGGAGCAGUUAAAGAUGUGUGUGCAGGAGUAUCAGGGAAAAUACAUCCUCAAAGUGUGCGGCUGUGACGAGUACUUACUGGAGAAAUAUCCUCUGAGUCAGUACAAGUAUGUGCGCAGCUGUAUCAUGCUUGGACGGAUGCCCAACCUGAUGCUAAUGGCAAAAGACAGCCUGUAUUCCCAGUUGCCCAUCGACAACUUCACAAUGCCGUCGUAUGCAAGGCGAAUAUCCACAGCAACGCCCUACAUGAAUGGGGAAACAGCCACCAAGGCUCUGUGGACUAUCAGUGGAACACUGAGGAUCAGGAUACUGUGUGCCACUUACGUCAACGUCAACAUCAGAGACAUUGACAAGAUCUACGUCAGGACUGGGAUAUACCACGGUGGAGAGCAGCUGUGUGACAAUGUCAACACCCAGCGGGUGCCCUGUUCGAACCCCAGGUGGAAUGAGUGGCUGAACUACGACAUGUACAUUCCAGACAUCCCACGUGCCGCCCGACUCUGCCUCUCCAUCUGCUCUGUGAAAGGGAGGAAGGGAGCCAAAGAGGAGCACUGUCCCCUUGCCUGGGGCAACAUCAACCUGUUUGACUACACCCACACACUAGUAGCAGGCAAAAUGGCUCUCAACCUAUGGCCUGUCCCACAUGGCCUAGAAGACCUGCUCAACCCUAUCGGCGUCACAGGCUCCAACCCCAACAAGGAAACCCCUUGUCUUGAGCUAGAGUUCGACCACUUCAGUUGCCCGGUCAAGUUCCCCGACAUGUCCAUCAUUGAGGAACAUGCGAAUUGGAAUAUAUCCAGAGAGCUUGGCUUCAAUUACUGCCACACUGGUUUGAAUAACAGACUGGCGCGUGACAACCCCCUGACUGACACUGACAAUGAGCAGAUGCGGCAGGUGUGCAACAGAGACCCACUGUCUGACAUCACAGAACAGGAGAAAGACUUUCUGUGGAGGCACAGGCAAGACUGUGUCAACAUGCCAGAGAUCCUUCCCAAGAUCCUCUUGGCUGUGAAAUGGAACUCCAGAGAUGAGGUUGCACAGAUGUAUUGCCUUCUGAAGGACUGGCCUGCUAUGAAGCCAGAACAAGCCAUGGAGUUGCUAGAUUGCAACUUCCCCGAUCCUAUGAUCAGAGAUUUUGCCGUGAAGUGCCUUGAGAAAUACCUAACAGAUGACAAACUUUCUCAGUACCUCAUUCAGCUAGUUCAGGUUCUAAAGUAUGAGCAGUACCUUGAUAACCCACUUGCACGCUUCUUGCUGAAAAGAGCAUUAACCAAUCAGAGGAUAGGACAUUUCUUCUUCUGGCAUUUAAAGUCAGAGAUGCACAACAAGACAGUGAGCCAGCGGUUCGGUCUGCUGCUGGAGUCAUACUGCCGGGCGUGUGGCAUGUAUCUGAAGCACCUGAGCAGACAGGUGGAGGCCAUGGAGAAACUCAUCAAUCUCACAGACCUCCUCAAACAGGAGAAAAAAGAUGAGGCACAGAAGGUUCAAAUGAAGUUUCUGGUGGAGCAGAUGAAAAGGCCGGAUUACAUGGAUGCACUGCAAAGCUUCACCUCCCCACUGAAUCCAGCUCAUCAGCUCGGAAACCUCCGCCUGGAGGAAUGCAGGAUGAUGUCAUCAGCCAAGCGACCACUGUGGCUCAACUGGGAAAACCCAGAUAUGAUGUCGGAGCUGCUCUUCCAGAACAACGAAAUUAUCUUCAAAAAUGGAGAUGAUCUGAGGCAGGACAUGCUGACACUGCAGAUCAUUAAGAUAAUGGAGAACAUCUGGCAGAAUCAAGGCCUUGAUCUCAGAAUGCUGCCAUACGGUUGCCUGUCAAUCGGCGACUGCGUGGGGUUGAUCGAGGUGGUGAGGAGCUCGCACACCAUCAUGCAGAUCCAGUGUAAAGGAGGCCUAAAGGGGGCGCUGCAGUUCAACAGCCACACACUGCACCAGUGGCUCAAGGAUAAGAACAAGGGAGAGAUGUACGACCAGGCCAUAGAUCUGUUCACACGAUCAUGUGCAGGCUACUGUGUAGCCACAUUUAUCCUGGGCAUAGGAGACAGACACAAUAGCAACAUUAUGGUCAAAGAUGAUGGACAGCUGUUCCACAUAGACUUUGGCCAUUUCCUCGACCACAAAAAGAAGAAGUUCGGGUACAAGAGGGAGCGGGUGCCUUUUGUGCUUACACAGGACUUCUUGAUCGUUAUUAGCAAAGGAACUCAAGAGUGCACCAAAACCAGGGAGUUCGAAAGGUUCCAGGAAAUGUGUUACAAAGCGUACCUGGCGAUCCGACAACACGCCAACCUCUUCAUCAACCUCUUCUCUAUGAUGCUGGGCUCUGGGAUGCCCGAGCUGCAGUCAUUCGAUGACAUCGCCUACAUCAGAAAGACCCUGGCCCUGGACAAGACCGAGCAGGAAGCCCUGGACUACUUCAUGAAGCAGAUGAACGACGCUCACCAUGGCGGCUGGACGACCAAGAUGGACUGGAUCUUUCACACUAUCCGCCAGCAUGCCAUGAACUAAAAUGGCAAGUACCCAACGAGAGGAGUAAAGGACUGUGGCAACAGCAGCACACUAAAAACCAAAAGAGAAGGGAGAAGCAAAAAUAAGUAUUUGCCCAACUCCACCAAGGCCUGGUUAAUGUUACCGCCAGCAUUCGACUCUGAAACAUCAUGUGCCCGUGCACCACAAACUAAGGGAGCUCGAAAGGGCCAAUUUCAGGGACAUGAUGCCUAAUUGCUCUUAUUUCUUCAGGUGUCUGAAUGUCUUCUCCCUGCACUAUGAACUCAACACGGCAGGGUGGAGUUAUAUUCAUCUGUCUUCUCCAUAGGAACUUAAAAGUGUGAUGGACCUGGACUACAUUGACCUUCUUCAUGCAAACAGAACUUGGGACAAAUUUUUAUUUUUCAUAUUUUUAAAAACUUCUUUCAAUACAUCUACAAUCAUCAGCAUUAAGAAAGGAACAUUUUGAACUGGUACACUAUGAGCACAGCAGGUUUUUUCUACGGAUAAACGUACUGUUGAUUUCCACUACCUAUUGUGACCGGAAGAAGAUGGGGAGAUGUUUGCGGACACAAGCCAGGACAGCUGGGAUGCUGUUAAUGAAGCCUGGCAAGUGCCCAAACAAAUUCCUUACAAUAAAAAAAAAAACACUAUAAGUACAAGACUGAGAGAGGAGGUGUGGAGAACACUUAGCUAGCAUUUAACACUUUCACAGAAACCGAAAUCAUGACUUAUUUGUAGCCCUCAGACGACGUGUCCACUGUGUAGAAAUCCCAACACCACCAUCAAAGAACUGACCUUUGUACAGAGAAGAUAUUCAUAGACUUGUUUGCAUUCGGUGCACAUAUUCCUUUUCGAGUCUAUUUUCUACUGAGCCAAAGUACUACAUGUGUAACCCCCACUACUCCGCAGUCUUAUCGUAAAAGAAAAUAGUCAGUACUAUUCCAAGUCUCGUGUACUCAUCACACUGAUCUCUGCAGUAUUUGUUUUGUUUUGUCUAUCAGUAUUAUUCUGUGUCAGGUGACGUUGAGGCACAAAUGUUGGAACAGCGAGUGACUGCAGAACAGCUUCCUGAUGGCCAGCUGUAUCACCCGUUAGGACUUGGUCUUUAGUUAUUCGGCUGAUGAAGGUGAGAAACGCAGGAGAGAAGGAUGCAUAACAUUCAUUUUUGUGUGCUGUGCUGUUACACUAUGCAAGUUGUGAUCUUUAUAUGUACUGUAUGCUGAGGGGGAAAAAAAUAACUUGAUGUCAGAUUCGGGCAGAGAGGCUUCACACCAACGAGCGUGUCCGGACUCUGUACAGACUGUACACGGAAGAAAAGCAGUAUCUCUUACUUCUUCCCAACAGAAAGAACAAUGAGAUGCAGCUUCGGACCCCCGUCUUCGCACUCUCCUUACCAGGUUUCCGCGUGGAGCUCCAAUCUAAGCCAUCUGUAAGAUAAUUAAGAUUUUGCGUUUUGCUCCCGUCUCCUCAAACUCUUUAAGAAAAAUAAUUUAAGACAACUCUCUGCUCACAUUUGCCAUACAGACCCAGAUCAUGACAUCCAGGUUAAAAAAAAAAAAAGUAACAGAAGUGAAUUCUUUUAAUUUAAACCUUCCAAGUGUCUUCUUCCCUACUCUCUCCUAUGAUUGUCGCCCUUAUGUGCGCAAGAAAAGUCUUUGCAAUUUUGUUCGCCGCACAGACACAUAUGUAAGAGGUCAGUAAAUGUUCUAGCUUUACCAAAUGAUACCCAACAGGGCGGUUUCCUGGACACGAGUCUGUGUGAAAGUCAAUUUCUUUUCAAUUCUGUUCCUGGUUAAAAAAAAAAAAGAAUUGCCCAGGAAACCGAUCCUACCGAAAUGCAUGUGCUUCUGUACGGGAUACAGAGCAGUGGGCCGGACCCGAACUUGAGAAAACCAGUCCCCAUGUUCUUUAUGAAAGAACAAACUAAAUGAUGCGAUUUCCCUUUAUACUUCCACAUGAUAUGGUUGUUUUUCUGUUUCUCACACUUCAUUAUGCAUGAGGUCCUCGAAUAUCUACUUUUCCUUUUGUUUGACCUGAUGUUGUUUACUUGAAUUUCAUGUAUAGAAAUGACCUUGUUACUUGUGUGGGGGUACAACAAAGUCACAAUGAAGGUAACAGAUACUGAUCCUGCUACUACAUGUGCAAAUGCUUUCCUUGAAUAAUUACAGAGGUAAUAUAUUUUUGUAUUUUUAAAUGUAAAGCAAACUCAUAUAUGUAACUGCUAACCAAAAAAAGCAAUCAUGCAUAACAUGCACCAUCCUCAUACGCAAACCCAGUAGACGGCCUCGAGUUGUUGAAACGAUAUGAAUGACAAAGCAGAGGUGAAUUGAAGAAUGAAGGACGGGGACUUGAUGCAGUUGUUCCAGUGCGACCAUCAUGUCCCGUGGAGAUCUCUUGCCCUGUGAGAACAAUAUGGAGGAAGACGCUGCCCUGCAUGUUUUUAAAAAAAAGAACCGGAAUGAUGUUAGUUGUCUGUCCAUCUGUAUAUAUCAUUAAAAAAAAACUUCAAAUAUUUGUUUCAGUCAUCAUAUGACCAUUUCUGAUAAUGAACUGUAUGCAUUCAUUUAUUGUGUUGUUGAAUAAAUACAUUUCUCCCUAUCUAAA